AUGGGGCUAUACACACAUAACAAUGCAGUAAGUUUCAUAGCAACCGGAUUGUCAAUAAUCUUAUAUGGCACGCUUUUUGGCUUUGUCAAGCGUGAUCCAACCUCUUUAAGAGUAGGCCUUGAGGCGUGCAUGCGCAAAGGCGUCAAGUUCAUUGGUUGCAUUAAAACUUUAGAGAAAGAGGAGAGGCACUCUGUCUUCUUUUUGUUAGCCAUUGUAUGCUUUGCAGCUGUGCUGGCGAUACUAGCUAUACUCAUGUCUAUUUUCUAUUGUUGUUGCUGCCGAAGUAUUAGGAGUGCAAGAUAUCUGCACAGGGCGAUUACGGGAGUCACAACAGUGGCAGUGUUUGAUGUUGUAUCAUUUAUCACGUCCUCGCUCAUCUAUUAUAAAUACGAUUCGGCAAAUAGUAGUGGAGUAAUUGUGAGCAAUUCUGCUGGUACUAAUGCAUACAUAAUUGCUAGAUACACAGGGCUGGCUAUGGUGUGCAUUAGCAGCGCAUGGGUAAUAACCAUAGUGAUAGGGUCGCCCUUAGCAUCAACAAACAACCUGCUAAUGAAGGCGCUCACCAUGAUCAUUGGGGCCUGUUCGAUAUUCUUCAUCCUGGCGAUCAUUAUGGGCACGGAUGCCGCCCAUUUGUUACGUCACCUAUCUGAUUAUCGCCAUCAGGCCAAGGAGAUGGGAUGUGCCAUGUCCGCUGCUGCUAUCGUUGUAUACGUAUUUACUUUUCUUGAUGCCUGUCUAUGCAUCACAGAAGGUACUACAAAGUCGUAG